AGCUGUGCCCGGCCCUGCUGGAGCAGAGCCAGUCGGCCGGCUGUCUGCAGCGGCUGACGCAGCGCGCCGGCAAGACGGACCGUGGCAAACCCCGGCCCGAGGAGGUCUGGGGGUACGGCAUGCUGUUCGUCACGCUGAUCAGCCUGUCGUCGAUAUUCGCCGUGCUGCUACUGCCGCUGCUGGGGCGCGCCUGCUUCGAGCGGCUGAUGCCGGGCCUGAUCGGACUGGCCGUUGGCUCGCUCGCCUCCAGCGCGCUCUUCCACCUGAUUCCGCAGGCGUUUAGUCUGGUGGUGGACGGAGGCGGCCACGGCUACCUGAGUACGUCGCUCUUCACCCUCGCGGGCGCCUGGUUCUUCUUCAUGCUGGAGCGUCUGAUGAAGAUCUCGCUGGACUACAAGAAGCGGCAGGCGGCGGCGCGCGGCGAGGACCGCCGACUGUCGGCGCCGGCGGACGAUGCGCUGACGACGCCGCAGCCGGGCGAUCUGAGCAGCGCCUCGUCGGCCAGCCUGGCGCUCGGCUCCACCGGCUGCUCGCUGCAGGUGCCCUCCGACCGCGAGGCCGUGCGCCGCUCGCACCAGGAGCCCGUGCGCGCCAUGUUCGGCCAGGUGGAGGAGAAGCCGCACAGCCGGCACCACCACGACCACGAGGUGCAGUUCAAGCGGGGAGACGGCUCGCUCUCCUCCAUCGCCAUCGUCGCCUGGAUGGUGAUCUUCGGCGACGGCUUCCACAACUUCCUGGACGGGCUCAGCAUUGGCGCCGCCUUCAGCGAGAACAUCCUGACCGGCAUCAGCAUCAGCUUGGCGGUGCUGUGCGAGGAGCUACCACACGAACUCGGCGACUUCGCUGUGCUGCUGGACGCCGGCAUGACGGUCCGCCAAGCCGUGGUGUACAACUUCCUGUCGGCGUGCACCUGCUACCUGGGCCUGGUGGUGGGCAUCCUGAUCGGAGACUUCACCGAGUCGACCAGCUUCGUGUUCGCCCUGGCCGCCGGCAUGUUCCUCUACAUCUCGCUGGUUGACAUGGUGCCGGAGAUGAACGAAGCUGCCGAGAAGGCCAGCGGCGUUGGCGUGCUGCCCGGCCUGCGCGUGCUGCUCAUGCAGAACAUCGGCAUCAUGGUCGGCUGCUUCUCGCUCUUCUCGCUGGCUUACUUCCAGGACAGCCUCGCGCUCAACUGAGCCGGCGCCACGCCUCGGUCGUCGGUGGGCGGGGGGCGGAGGUCCGACCUUUGCGGCCUCGCCUCGGCACGGGCCCGGGCGCCGUCUCGGCGACGGGGGUGUGGUCUGGCCUGUCGGGGAGGCUGGCUGCCGUCAGGAUGGCUGUCGUCGCCGCCCCGUGGCGGGAGAUGGCGCUCCUGUUCUGGCCGGCGACGGUGGCGGAGGUGCGUGGCGGAUUCAGUUGCGUGUGGAAUCUCGCGCGCGUGUUUUUUUUAGAUACGAUCGACAACGCCAAAGGAGGCAAGCAACACCAAAGGAUCGAAGGGAGCCGAGCGACACCAAAGGAGAUUUCAACAUUUGAAAGUCACUGGCCUCGGCCGCGAGCUUUCGGCCGUCGGUUCCGGUGCCGCGCCCUCGCCCGCUCCGGCGUCAGGACCCCGUCGCCGGAUCAGACGCAGAGCCACGCUGCGCCCCCAGAGCCCUCCCGGUCUUGCGGGCCACGCAUGCAUAUCGGUGCUCACGAGCGCGUCCUCCGGUGGGCGGGUGUAACUGUUGACCGGCGGGCGACAAAGGGCGGCGGCUGUUACCACUGUUAGGAAAUUUGCGACUCAGGAGAGUCAUGCAGUGCAAAGCGACGUUCAUGUUCACAUGUCGCGAUCGUGUUCUCACUGUCGGACGUAACAGUGGGCGAGAUGUUUGGAUGGACGCGUACAAACGUGACUCAGCCGGGCGCGUAACUCAUCGACGCGACGGGCCGGCAACAGCGUAUUUGAAGGAUGGCAAGAUGCGCCGAGAAGUGCCAUCCCCGCGCCAUACAGCGCUCGGCCGACGCGCGGCCCAGAUGACGCCCGCAGGGAGCGGCACCGUGCCACUGUUGGCAACCGAGCUCAGGUGCGGAAGCUCGUUUACUUACCCUGUGCGACGCGACCGGUUCGGCUGUGGCCGUUCCCGUUUCGCGGGGAGACCCCAGAACCGUCUUUCUGACCCUGGUGAACGCGGAGGUCCGCGGCCUGUUCGCGCCGCCUGGUCGGAGCCCGGCCAGGCAUUUGAGCUCAUGACAUGAUCUCCGUAGGUGGCUAAUGGUGGCCGUUCGGAUCAUGGAGACCCGACGGUCCUUAAACGCGCGUCGCUGGGUUGGCCGCUCCGUCAAGCGGGGGCGUAGUGAAGUUAAAACAAUACGCGGCAUUCGUGGCUGCGGCGAAAGCGGCGCCCUGUCUUUCCUAGUGGAAUCUCCGCUGGUGAGCAGCGGCUCGGCUGUAGCAGACGCCUGCGAGUCCUCGCGCACUAUUUUCUUACUAGAUGUUUGAUGUGAGUUUGAACAUUUUUUGGCGUGUUGUGACGGUUAGGGGCGCUGGAGUCCCGGGUAGAGUUUGGCCAACAGACGGGGCAGCAGCCGUCGCGUCAGUGUCCCAUCAGCGAUCUGAUCAGGUACUAUGACGCCAUUGUCAACGGCGUGGGUCUGCUUUUCGCUUUGUCGGGCAUUUCGGCGCUCACAUCAGGCCGGGCAUUUAGGAUCUUUGUGCACUAGCUGCGAUAGAAAUGUUGCGAAGAGUGUCGGCCGCGGGUGCUCCGGCGCAUGCCUGUACCACAGGCGCUGCGGUGGGUGACCUCCGACGUGAACGAAUAGCUCCAUGCCUCCUGUUGACCUUAAACCGAUGUGACUUAGAAUGAGAUGUCUGCGGGCUGCUGGUCUUGUCUGUUGACUGUCUGGUCGUACUGAGGCGCUGAGAGCAAUCUAGCAGUAUUUUAGCCACUCGGCUGGCGGCUCAAAUCUGUCGCGAAGCCAACAGAGGCGUGUUCUUUUUACGGCGCGAAGGUGGUGGGAUCCUCCUGGUGUUUUGCGUCCCAAAUUUCGUGUUUGUCUCCCUGCGAUUGGAUCGUUGUGUUCCGAUACCUUACACAUCACCGCAUUCCUGAAGGCGUCUCGCACCGCGUCGAGACGCGACUCCGGAAUCCUACCGACCAACCUUGCCGUCAUGUUACCGUGUCCCGCCUUGCGCCACCAUAUCGCGUGUCUUCCGCGGGCUUUACCGCUCGGGUGGCAAUGCUCUGGGGCGGCCGCCUUGGGAACCGCACCGCCCCCCUCGUGCGGGCUGUUGGCUCCGACGCACCGCUGGGCGAGACCUGGCGGGUAGGCGUCAGGGCGGUCUGAGCGGCCGCCCCCGCUGCGCGAUCGCCCCGCUCGUGGGACCGUCGGAUUCGUCCGAGGACGCAGCAUGGGGCGGUGCAAGGGCGCUCUGAGUUAUGGCCGGAAAGAAAUGAGUUUUGUAUAGUUGAGUGGGUCGUUUGUGUGGUGGAUGCGAACUUUUCAUGAACAUGGCGGAUUUCUGUGUGCCUAGGGGAUUCCAAAGCCUUUUUUCAGUCCAGUGAUGACGGGACCGCUUCUUGACUUCCAGGUUUCAUGUUCUUCGCCAUGGUUGGUUGUUGCUCCGAUUUUGUUCACCUGACUCUGGGACUUAGUUCUGAUCUUACAUCAGUAUGCGCAGGCAAAGCAUUUGUGCAUAGGGAUGACGCGUUGAAAUUAUAUUUCUCCCAAACCUUACGUUUUAUGAUGAUGCAGCCGUUCAAGCUACUGCUAUCAACAUUCGUAUUCAUCAAUUAGCUUAGUAGAGUUUGAAAGCUGACAAAAUCCAAGCGGCCGGAAUCCUUGCGCAGUCUUGGUCCGAAUAACGACACGUUGUCAGUGGACUAAACGACAUCGGUGGACGUGUAAGCUAGCAUUGCACUUAGCCUAAUGUAAGCUCGUGUUUUACUCCUUGCUGCUGUGCAUUUAUGGGUGUUUUAGUUAGGCAAGAGCAAGCUCGCUUUUGUGUGAAAUAAUUAUUCAGUAGGCGUCAUGUGCCUUUGGAACUAUAGGGUCAUAUGGUGUAAGAGUCAUAUGAGCCCAUGCUGUAAGUGCCGUCUUUGCUCUGCCAUAUUUUGUUCCGUGGAAACGUUCAAGUUAUGUUUGCAGCUUCAUGCUUGACAGCUUACAAUAUACGGGUUAGCUGUUUUUCGGUUGGAUCUCUCUGCAAUCGUUGCCUAGAUUAUUGCUUUUUCGCAAGCAAUGCGAUGAGACAGAAUUGUUGCGUAAAUCAAAUGCGUAUGUCGUGCGCCGCCUGUGGUUCAGCCUUGUCUGGAAACAUGAUGUUACGUAUUGACGCAAGUGAAGCCGUAGCGUUUGUGUGUAAUAAACGGCUGGCACGUUCA